CAUGGAUCUUCUUCGCUACGAUCCACUCUGUCCCGAGGUUGAGCUCAUCUCACUGGAGCCCGAUCCCCCUGACCCUUCCUCCAUCUUCGCGGCUCUCAUCUCUACAUCCACCCCGCAGCCUGCGGAUACCCCCUCGACAUCCCAGGUUCCUACGCCGUCCACUGCCGAGUCCACCCAUACGUCUUGUGCCGACGCAGACGUUGAGGAACUCAUGCGGUUCACGGCUGACUUAGAGCCCGUCAUUCGCGACCUGAUUCGGGAGUACCGCGACGUCUUCCCCCCGUAUUUCUCAUACAGCGGGAUUCCCCUGAUGCGCAGUGUCGAGCAUUCCAUCAAGCUCGUGCCUGACUAUCGUGUUCACCAUCAGGCACCAUACCGACUCUCGAUUCCAGAGGUGACGGAACUCAAGCGUCAGCUUGAGGAGCUCCUUCGACUUGGUUUCAUUAAACCUAGUAACUCCCCUUGGGGUGCACGUGUCCUCUUUGCUCGCAAAGCGGAUGGAACUCUCCGCCUCUGCAUUGAUUAUCGUGGCCUUAACCGUUACACGGUUAAGAACAGGUAUCCCAUGCCCCGCGCGGAUGAGUUGUUUGACCGUCUGGCAGGCAACCGCUUCUUCACGAAGAUCGAUCUUCGUAGCGGUUAUCACCAGAUCCUCGUUGCCGCAGAGGACCAGCCGAAGACCGCCUUUCGGUCGCGCUUCGGCCACUACGAUUUCACAGUGAUGCCAUUCGGCCUCACCAAUGCACCCGCCACCUUCCAGACGGCGACGAACGACAUCUUCAGGGACAUCCUUGAGAAAUACGUUCUCGUAUACCUGGACGACAUCCUGGUCUACAGUCGUACCUUAGAAGACCAUAUCAGACACCUCCGCGAUGUCCUACAGCGCUUACGCAAGCAUGGCUUCUAUGCCAAGCUCAGUAAGUGCCGCUUUGCCCAGCGCAAAGUGGACUUCCUAGGACACCAUGUGUCUGACCAGGGUCUCCACAUGGACGACGCGAAGAUCAUUGUUAUUGCAGAGUGGCCCGUCCCCACAUCUGCGAAGCAGCUUCGCAGCUUUCUAGGCCUCACCAGCUACUAUAGUAAUUUUAUCCAGGGAUACGCUAGCUACCCCAUGCCUCGUUCCGAUGAGUUGUUCGACCGCCUAGCAGGCAACCGCUUCGUUACGAAGAUUGAUCUUCGUAGAGGUUACCAUCAGAUUCACGUCGCUGCAGCGGACCAGCCGAAGACAGCGUUCCGAUUGCGCUUCAGCCACUACGAGUUUACGGUGAUGCCUUUCGGCCUUACUAAUGCACCCACUACCUUCCAAUGGGCGAUUAACGACAUCUUCAAGGACAUCCUGGAGCAGUACGUUCUCGUUUACAUCGACGAUAUCCUCGUCUAUAGUCGUACCCUUGAGGAGUACCUAAGACACCUCCGCGACAUCCUUGACCGCUUGCGCAGACAUGGCUUCUACGCCAAGCUGAGCAAGUGCCGAUUUGCACAGCACAAAGUAGAUUUCUUAGGACAGUACGUGUCUAACCAGGGUCUCCACAUGGACGACGUGAAUAUCACUGCUAUUGCGGAGUGGCCCGUUCCCACAUCCGCCAAGCAGCUUCGCAGCUUCCUAGGCCUUACCAGCUACUAUAGUAAUUUUAUCCAGGGCUACGCUAGUGCACGUGAGGUCGCCGAUAUCGUGUUUGACCAAGUCGUGCGUGACCACGACUUUCCUCUGAGCAUCAUAUAUGACUGUGACCCGCGCUUUACCAGCCGAUUUUGGCGACGGCUCCACAAGGUGUACGGCACCCAGCUCCACUUCUCCUCGUCUUACCAUCCUCAAACUGAUGGUCAGACCGAGGUCACGAACAGGACUCUCGGAGAUAUUCUCCGAAAGAUCGUUCGUGACGACCAGCAGUGGGAUCUCCAUCUUGCCCACGCGGAGAUAGCCUACAACCACGCCGUUUCGCCAGCCACGGGGAUGUCGCCUUACUAUUGCGACCUCGGCUACCACUCUCGUGUUCCUGUGGACUUCCUUCGACCAUCACAGAUGCACCCCGAUACGAGUUGUCCCGCGCUGGAUGAUUGGGUUGCACACAUGACGUCGAUCAUGAAGACCGCACAUGAGCACAUAGCCGCUUCCCGGACUCGCAUGGCAGCACGUGCAAACCGAUCGAGGAUGGACCAUCCAUUCAAAGUCGGUGAUGAUGUGCUUAUCGACGCCCGCCACUUACAGCUCAAAGCGGACACGCGUCACAAGUUUCGGCAUCACUUCUUUGCCCCAUGCGGCAUCCUCCAGACCGUCGGUUCUGAUACUGCAUCUAGCCCGGUCAGCUUUCGUGUGAAGCUGCCCUACUACCUACGCCCGGCUCGUGUGCACGAUGUCUACCACGUCUCGUUACUGCGUCCUUAUCGCAAACCAUCUGAGCGUUUCGCUGAACGGCCAUACGAGCGCCCUCCACCCAUCAUGGUGGAUGGUCACGAGGAGUUCCUCGUUUCAGACAUCAUUGGUCGCCGAGUCACCGACGACAACCCUCCCCACGUCGAGUAUCUUGUAUGUUGGAAGGGUUACCCUGAUGAGGAGGCUACCUGGGAGGCCCUCGAGCACUUGCAGCACGCUCGCAUGUUGGUGUGUGCCUAUGACCGUGCUCGUCGUGCUGGGUUCACUGCUCCUCCUCAGCCCACUGACCCUCCUCCCCCGGCUGAGGAGAUCGAUGAAGUUGAGCCUGCUCCAUCUGAGGCAGACCUUCAGCAGCAGCCGGAUGCUUCUGAGCGUCCACAGCGCACUCGUCGUCAUCCUGCUCGAUACGACGAUUGACUCUGACUUACCUUCCCACGUCGUUGACUUCUCAAUACCCCAUCCACUCCAGUUUUGCUACUUCAGC